AUGUACGAUUAUAUUCACAUUGACGAGAAGUGGUUUUAUUUAACCAAGAAAACGCAAAGGGUUUAUUUAGCACACAAAGAAACGGUCCCAUAUAGGGCAGCAAAGUCAUCAAAGUUCAUACCUAAGGCCAUGUUCUUCGGGGCCGUUGCUAGGCCUAGAUGGAAUCGUUUUGGUCAAUGCACGUUUGAUGGGAAAAUUGGAAUUUUCCCUUUUAUUAAUAUGGUGCCAGCACAAAGAGAUUCAAAGAAUCGACCAAGGGGUUCAAUUGAAAUUAAACCAACCGAAUCAGUUAAUCAAGAAGUUUAUAGGAGUAUGCUCAUACAACAAUUGAUUCCGGCUAUACUAAGAAAAUGGCCAAGUGAUGGACCUUCUAUUAUUUUUAUUCAACAAGAUAAUGCAAGGGUUCAUAUCACAAACGAUGAUCCAAUAUGGCAACAACACAAUAGGCAAGGGGGUUUAACUUUCAUUCUUACUCAACAACCUCCAAAUAGUCCGGAUUGUAUUAUUCUAGACUUGGGUUUCUUUAGGAGCAUGCAAUCACUUAUGCAUAAAAAGAUGCCCAAAAACAUUACAGAAUUAAUCACAGCAGUUGAGGAUGCAUUCGGAGAGUUACAUCCAAAGACCUUAACUAAUGUGUGGAUCUCAUUACAACUCCAUUUAAAUGAGAUUUUAAAAGUUAAGGGGUCUAAUGACUAUAUACAACCCCACUUUGGAACGAAGGUUGAAGAAGACAAUGGCAGGUUAAGGAUUCAAGUGAGAAUCCCAACACAAUUGGUUAGAGAAGCUAUAGCUUUUCUUAACCCAAACAGGGAUCAGCAACUAACACAAGCAUUAACAGAAAAUGAGGAUGCUGCACAAACAACAGAGAUCAUUCAAGAAGCUUAUGAUCAGGCAGUUGAAGAAACUCAAGGAUGA